GUUAUCGCCUGGCGUCCAUCUGUGAGCGCGUGCCUCAGUAUAUCUGUUUUAUUUUCAGUUUUGCUUUGUUAUACUUUGUUUUUUCUGUGUUCGACAUGGAGAUGAAGAAGAGGAUCAGCCUGGAGCUGAGGAACAGGAAACCCGCGGAGGUGGCGGAGCUGGUGGUGGAUAACUGUCGCUCCAGUGACGGGGAGGUUGAAGGUCUGACAGACGAGUACUCGGAGCUGGAGAUCCUCAGCAUGGUGAACAUCGGCCUCACCUCACUCUCCAAACUGCCCUCACUGCCCAAACUACGCAAGUUGGAGGUGAGUGAUAACACCAUCUCAGGAGGUUUGGACACGCUGGCGGAGAAAUGUCCCAACUUGACGUACCUGAACCUGAGUGGCAACAAGAUCAAGGAGCUGAGCACCAUCGAGGUUCUGCAGAACCUGAAGAACCUGACGAGCCUGGACCUGUACAGCUGUGAGGUCACCACGCUGGACGAGUACAGAGAGAGCGUGUUCGAGCUGCUGCCGCAACUCACCUACCUGGACGGAUACGACCAGGAGGACAACGAGGUGCCCGACUCCGAGAACGACAACGACGAUGACGAUGAAGCCGGUCCACCCGGAGACGACGACGAGGAUGAGGACGAUGAGGAUGAUGAUGAAGAUGAAGGCUCUGAAGGAGACGAGGAUGAGGUGGGCCUGUCGUACCUGAUGAAGGACGGCAUCCAGGAUGAAGAAGACGAUGGAGACUAUGUGGAAGAGGAAGAGGACGACGACGAGGAGGAAGAGGAAGAUGGAGAUGAGGACGGUGUUCGGGGGGAGAAGAGGAAGAGAGACGCAGAUGAUGAAGGUGAUGAUGGAGACGAAGACGACGAGUAGUUUAACCAUCUUCACACACUGUAACACCUGACCCCGCCCCCUCAUCUUCCCCUGACCUUUGACCCCUCAGAGCCGCAGAGAGACAGGAAACAGGACGCUGAGUUCAGGUUCAGGAUCAUUUCUCUGCUGACUGAAUACUGAUCACAUGAUCAGCUGAUCAAUACAGAUCAAUACUCAGCUGACAGACAGCUCAGUGUGCCACCGGGGGGCGACGCUGCGCAGAAUCUGAUUGGUCGUCACUGUGAAGAUAAUCUUUAUUAUUCAAACAUUUUCUAAACGAGUUCACACAUGUUUCACACUUCCUGUUUAUUGAUCACAUGCUCUGAUCAGGUAUCAAUAACUGUCAGUGCUGCGUCUGCUCGUUAAGUCAUUUAAUUUCAUUCCACUUGUUUUCUGUUGUUUAUCAAACAAACAGAUGAUUAAAAACAAACAUCAGAACGUUUCCGUCCUCGAACGCCGUCGGGUCCGAAGAAACGAUGAAGAUCGAUCGUUAAAUGAUGACGAGCUGCACAGAUGAAGCUGAUCAAUAAAAGAUUCAACAUGUCAAAUAUCUGCUUCUUUAGUAAAAGCUCAAAGGUUUCAGGCUAGAAGUAAACUACGACUCCCAGGGUGCAUUUCAGCAAGAAGCAGCCAAUCACAGAGCUUCAUAUUCAGUCAGAUGCGUCGCUAACGGCGACCAGAAGCUGAAGAUUAAACUUUUAACAAUCUGCAGGUUUAAUCAGUGUCAUUAAGCUCUGAUUGACGUCUCUGACUGGCUCCGUCUCCAUAGCAACAGCAGCCGAGGCUCAUGGGUAACGUAGUUUAAACAUCAUCCAGCAGUUGUUGUUAAAACACAUCGAGAUCAAUUAAAGAAACGUGUGAAAGACUCAUAAAAAUACAAUAAACUUUAUUAUCAGCUGAUGGAAAUGUUUGUUUUUGUUAUUGAUCAUCAAUAAUCAGUCUAUAAAGAGUUAAUAACUGGUUAAUAUAAUGCAGCUGUCAGCAGAUAUCAGUGUUAAUGUAUUAAUCAAUAAUUAUAACAGAAGUGUUUGCUGCUGUAGAAACAUCAUCAAUGAUAAUAAAACAGCUGUAAUAAUAUAAAAUAAUAAAUACUGAACAUUAAUAAACAUCUGCUUAUAACCACAUGAUAGAGAGUUAUUACUGUUUAUAGACUGAUCAAUAAUAAUUAAUUCAAUCAUAUUAUCUUAUGGAGGAAUUGAUCCGCAUGACGAGAUAAAACCAGUUAAAACCAGUUAAAACCAGUUUCCUCUGUGGACCUUCAGGCAUGUUGAUCUGUUAGUUCAUUGAUUAUUGAUCUGCUGUGAUUGGCUGUAGCUUUAGCCCCGCCCCCCUCCUCACCUGUCACCUGUGGGCUCUGCGGCUCGGCGUCCGGAUCCUGGAUCCUGGAUCCUGGAUCCUGGAUCCUGGAUCCUGGAUCUGCUCUGUAAAUACUGGUCCGGCGGUCUCUGAAGGUUUUUGUCGUGUCGUCUUUUUAAACCUGUUUUGAGUUUUGAGUUUUUUCUUCUUCUCUGAUUUAAUUUUAUUUUUUUAUUCCUGUCUUCUGAUUGGUUCGCUGUAACGAGUGUUUUUGAAUAAAAUCAGAUGAAAUCUCA